AAAAUGCGGCUUUCACCAGCGGAGAGGGAGCCGAGGCGGGCGAGGGUGGCGAGCUCCCUGCCGCCGGGAGGGCAUCGGCGAGGCCGCGGGGAUGCGGCCCGCGCCCGGGUGCCAGGCCCCGAGCAGCCGCAUCCUGGCCCCUCCCCUCCGCGCACUCCCGGCGGGGAGAAGCGGAGGGCCGGCCGGCCGGCCCGGGUCACACACAGUUCACCGCCCCCGGGCUGCGGCGGCCAGCGGCGGUCAGCGGAAGAAUUUGCAGAGCGCAGCCGGGAAUCCCACAGCCCGCGGCGGCCCAAGCUCACGGAGCCGCGCUCGGAGUUCAGGGGCGCGGGAGCCACGGUCAGCGCGGGAGGUGGGAAGACCGGGCUCCGGGCCGGCCGGCUUCUCGGCCUCGGGAAGCUACCCCGCGAAGUGCCUGCGACGGCUGCGCCUCACCCCGGGUCCUUGCCCGCUCUCCCCAGCCCGGACGCGGCGCGCGGGAAGUGGAGCCCCUGCCUGCCCCCCCCACGGUACGGCCGCGGACCGGGUGCUCGGCGCUGCCCCCGCGGGGUCGCCCGAGUCCCGGCCACCACUUCCUCCGCCGCGUCCACCCCGCGGACAGCGCAGCCCGGCACCCGCCCCAGCGCUCCGAGCGCGCGCCGAAGGGGGGCAUCCCGCCCCCGCGCCGCCGUCCCGGCCCUGCGAGCCGCUCCCGCCGCCCCGAGCGCCCUGGCGGUCACCGGAUAGCGCCGAGCCACCCGCCAGCCCCACUCAAGGAUGCGGGCUCUGCCCGCCCGCCCCCCUGCCCGGGACCGGGGACCCCAGGACUCACCCCAGAACCACCAGCUCCCCAUAUUUCACUGGCUCCUUAUUGGGGGCGCAGUGCUCCUCCUGGCCAGGGGAAAACAUGGAGCCCCGCUCUGCCGCGGACGCCGCUGCCGCCGCCUCCGUCGCGAUCCCCGCCGAGUCCGCGCCGCCGCUACAAUCCCAUCCCGAGAACGGGAGCGCGGGGUCCUCAGCCCUCGCCGCCGGUUUCUUGAGCCGCGAAGGCCCGGGGGGCUGGGGGGGCAGAUCUUGGAAGCGAGCGGCCGCGGGUCCCAAGCCCGCGUUUUCCCGGCUGGAGUUCGACGGGCUUAACUUCCUCUCCGGGUAGAAGAGCGCUCUCUCGGUGGCACUGGGUCCCGGCUCACGUCUGGAAGUGUCGCACACACCCACCUGGGUGCCUCCCCUUCCAGAACCAAAUCCUUUGAAGCAGGAAGGCAUCUAGGAAAUUAGAGGGUUUUGCCAGUUGGUGCUGGAGCAGAGGACGUUUCGAAGGCGCUUGGAGCACCCCACCGUUGCAACGAAUGUAGCUGCCCCAGCUCGUCGUCAGCAGAGCUCCACAUGGCUUUUUGGGGGUGGAAGGGUUGUUUUUUAAUCCACACUGUUCACUUUCCCCCUGCCUUCUUUCCAUCCCCUAAGACAUAUAAGGGGAAAUUACCUGGGUGGAUUUUUUAAUGAAUAUAAAUGUUCCUUUAUGACCAUGAUUUAAUCAAUGCACUGUUUGCUUUCUAUUCUUUUUAAACUAGCUAUUGGUAUGGCUUUAAAAUAUUGUAGACUGUAAUAGUUUUACUGACUGCUGUUUUUCAUCAUACAGGAUUUUACUGUUCUAAAAUUUAUUAAGCACUCAUAAUGUGCUGGAAACGCUACAUGUUAUUGAGAGUCACUGCCUCUCAGACUGUUAAAUAUUUAAAGAAAUAAAUGCUGCAAAAGCUACCAUAUGUAUAGUGACUGGUUGGCUAUGACCGGAAGUAAAGGGCUAGAAAAAAUAAUAAUUGCAUCUGUAACCGUGCUUUCCGCUGUGCUGCACCCCUUGUGUAACAUUCUCUGACAGGUUAUUACGGUAGUGACAUGAUGUUUCUGGUAAUUUUACUUCAGUUAAGGACUGAUUUUUUUUAAAUUGAGACUUUAGAAAUAAAUUAUUCCAAAGCAAUUAAAGCCACACCAUUGGUAAGCCAAAAAUAAACUUUAUUAAACAAUUAA